ACGUAUAACAUCAGGAGGCUGAAGGUCAAUGCGCAGCACACCUCGUUGAAUCAAAUCCUUCUCUUCACAGAAUAAGUUUUUAAAAAAAGCAACAUUCCUCCUUUUGUUCAUCUCACUGCGUCCUUCAUUGCAAAUGAUUCUGAUUUUCCAUCCUGGAGGAGGAAGAGGAGAAGAAGAAGAAGAAUGAGGAGGAGGAGGAGGAGGAGGUCUCUUAACACCGCGCUCCCCCCCGGUUCCUCCCCCCGGUUCCUCUCCUCCCGGUGUUCGUUCAGAGCCGCAGGAGGACCUUGAAGACGGAGACGUCCACCUGUCCGCAGAAGAUGAAACCAGAUGUGUCUCUGGCCGCGCUGCUGUCCUCCAUCUGUCUCCUCUGGCUGCCUCCGUCCUCAAGCCACCACCAGGACUCAGAUGGGUCCAAGCUGCUCCAGGUGACCAUCCCCGCCCCCCCGCCCGUGGGCGCCGCGCUGGGCGGCUCCCUCACGCUGCCCUGCCUGGUGUCCCUGGCCCACCCGCCGCCGCUCCACUCCACCGGCGGGGGCCGCCACGCCGCGCUGACCCUCCCCCGGGUCAAGUGGAGCGUCUUGACCAACGGCAGCGAGGCGGAGAUCUUGGUUGCCCGCGGCGACCGGGUGAGGGUCAGCGAGGCCUACAGGGGCCGGGCGGCGCUGCUGAACUACGCCUCCUCCCCCGCCGACCUCACCCUGCGGCUGGAGAGGCUGAGGCACAACGACACGGGCUUCUACCGCUGCGAGGUGCAGCAGGGCCUGGAGGACGCCCACGACGGGGCUCAGGUCAAGGUCAAAGGGGUGGUGUUCCAUUACCGCGACGCAUCCAGCCGCUACGCCUUCACCUUCGAGCGAGCCGCGGAGGCCUGCGAGGAGAUCGGCGCCGAGAUCGCCACCCCGGAGCAGCUCCUGGCCGCCUACCAGAGCGGAUACGAGCGCUGCGAUGCGGGCUGGCUCUCAGACCGCUCGGUCAGGUAUCCCAUCCAUAUGCCGAGAGAACAAUGCUUUGGCGACAUGGACGGAUUUCCAGGCGUGAGGAACUACGGACUCUUAGAUCCCAACGAGAUGUACGACGUCUACUGCUACGUGGAGAAUAUCAAGGGCGAGGUGUUCUACGGCUCCGCCCCCCAGCGCUUCACCUUCUGGGAGGCCAAGGCCUACUGCCUGAGCCACGGCGCCCAGCUGGCCGCCACGGCCCAGCUGUACGCGGCCUGGAGCGACGGGCUGAACCUCUGCAGCCCCGGCUGGCUGGCCGACGGCAGCGUCCGCUACUCCAUCGUGACCCCGAGGGAGCGCUGCGGGGGUGGGGAGCCCGGCGUCAGGACCGUCUAUCGCUACGGCAACCAGACGGGCUUCCCCGAGCUUCACGCGCGGUACGACGUCUACUGCUUCAGAGGUGAUAACGACGUCUACACAGAAUCUCCUCUGGAUUUUCUGGCCACUGAGCCGCAGGACAUUGGCCAGGACAAUGCCUUCUUAACUGAUCCUGCAGAGGGUGAAGAGGAGGAAGAGGAGUCACUCCUGAGCGAGGGGACCUUGAAAGAGGGCGACGAUGUCCAACGUGCCCAGACGGACGAUCCCGUAACGCUUGGUCCCGUGGAGGCUCGGCCCCGGACGUCGAGCUAUGACGAGGGGCGGGACCUUCUGCAAUCCGUCACUCUGCCGUCCCGGCUUCAGGAGCAGGCGUCCUCCUCGGUGGAGGUCAUGGAGAAGGCCAACGUCCACCACGGCGUCCUUUGGCCCGCUCCCGAAGGACACCCUGCUCAGGGAGAGUCUCCCGCACGUCCGUCCUCCUUUCCAAAGGCCGCCGACUUGGUCACCGUCGACUCCUCUUCACCCGCCAGGACCGGCGCCAGCACGCCGCCAGAGGGCCGCACCUCCGAGACCAAAAGCUGGGACACGCCCGGCGUUAGCGUGACGCCCGUUGUUGGCGGGCUCCUCGCCGGCUCUCCGGGUUCUCCUCGGGAUGGAGAGCUUCUCGCCUCACGAGAGGACCACACCCUGCAAGCCCAUCCGGAAGAGCCCAUCUACUCAAGCUCCUCCCACGGAGCGUUGGGGCGGACGGAGGAGGCGACCACGUCGCCCCCGACGCCCGAGAGCCCUCUGACGGAGGAGGAGUCCGGAGAUGGGAGUGUGAAUCCUCCUUUGGACGAGGAGACACUAAGCUCCACCACUCUGAGUUUGGUUGGUGUGGAAACCACAGCCUCCCAUCCAGGUUACGAUCCCACUCCAAGGCUCCCGGGUGCAACCGUGGAGACGUCCAUCGCGGUCUCUCGUGGCGACGAGGAUACGACCAACCGCGGCGGACUCGUCCAUCCUGUGGAGAACCCCCCCCCUGCAGAGGUGGUCCCAGGGAGCCCCCCUGCAGAGGUCCCCGGCGUUGCGUGUGUAAACGAUCCGGUCCCGAGCGGCGAGCCUGUGACUUUGUCGCCGCCCUCUGAAUGCGAAACCCCGGAGAUCACGACCUCGGCGCCUGAGAGCCGCACCUCUACCGCCGCCGGGCCUCCACAGGACGUCCGGCGAGGACUCGGACCAGAGGCGUUGUCCCUCGGCGCGACCGCGAGCAACACGAGGGCGGUGCAAGCCGGUGGUGAGGGAUGGGGCGACUCCUCGGGAGAGCGCCCCCCGGAGGUGAUGCCGGGACUCCUCUCGACGGAUCCCACCCCACGGAAGGAGCGCGGCGGCGAGGAGGCCGCGGCGCGUUCCGAUGUGAGGAUCACGCUGAUUCCUUGCCUGACUGAUGUGUCGGGCUGGGAGGCGGCGCCAGCGCCGGCGCCCCCCUCCACCACCCAGGAGUCACGGCCCGACGCGGAGCACAGCGCCGAGGGCCCCGCCUCCAGGGAGCGAGAGGCGGGGAAUCCCAUCGCCCCCGGCAACGCCUCUUCACACAGCGACUCCUGCCUGCCGAACCCGUGUCUGAACGGAGGGACCUGCGUGGAGGGGGGGGCGGCGAGGUGCUUCUGCCUCAGCGGUUACGGAGGAGACUUGUGCCAGACAGACCUGGAGGCGUGCGAGCCCGGCUGGGACAAGUUCCAGGGCUUCUGCUACCGUCACUUCCCCCGCAGGCAGAGCUGGGAGGCGGCGGAGCAGCACUGCAGGAUGAGCGGAGGACACCUGCUGUCCGUCACCACCCCCGAGGAGCAGGACCACGUCAACGACAAAUACAGAGAGUAUCAGUGGACCGGGCUGAACGACAGGACCAUCGAGGGGGACUUCCGCUGGACGGACGGGACGCCGCUGCUGUACGAGAACUGGUACCCCGGCCAGCCGGACAGCUACUUCCUGUCUGGCGAGGACUGCGCGGUGAUGGUGUGGCACGACGGCGGGCGCUGGAGCGACGUGCCGUGCAACUACCACCUGUCCUACACCUGCAAGAAGGGCGCCUCCUCCUGCGGCGAGCCGCCCGAGGUCCCCGGGGCCACGGUGUUUGGGAAGAAGCGCCUGCGCUACGAGACCGACACCAAGGUGCGGUACUACUGCGAGGGGGGGUACGUCCAGAAGAGGAAUCCUGUGGUCAGGUGUCUGCCCGGGGGCCAGUGGGAGGAGCCUCUGAUCACCUGCGUGCCCGUGCGCUCGGUGGGGGGAGACUCGGUCACCGCGCUUCCUUCCCACGGGGCCCAGGACACAGAGGUCACAGAGGGCGCAGAGGUCACGGGGGUCAUUGGGGUCACAGACACGGAGAAAGCAGCUCCGCUCUUCUGGAACAUCACAUGGAACGUAUGAAGCCAACCUGCCUUUUAGGAAACAACUACGAUAUUAACAAUAAUGAUGCCAAUAUCUCACCUGGUCUUUGUCUCCCUUCCAGAAAGAUACUCUUUGUUAUUUAUGUAAUUUCAAGGCCACAGUUGGUGGGAAAUCUAAUGUUUUUAAAGCUGUUCCUACCAUCAGGAUAAAGGGACAGAUAUGCAAAACUGUACCGACUGUAGCUUUAAUUUCACACUUAAGAUUACUAAUAAUAUUAAGAUUAAAAGAUUGAAAAUCCUUCUUCCAAUUUCUAUCCAAUAUGUUUUCUGGUUUGUGACAUGAUCAAAUGUUUUAUACCUGUAAGUAUCUGCGCCUCUUCAUGUAGUGAUGAAGUGGUGAAGUUUCAUGUUGACAUCUGCUCUUUAACUCAAUAAAUACUCCUCUUAACGUAGUGAUGAAGUGGUGAAGUUUCAUGUUGACAUCUGCUCUUUAACUCAAUAAAUACUCCUCUUAAUGUAGUGAUGAAGUGGUGAAGUUU